ACAAAUGUUCAGUUUCAUGGGAGUGGUUCCAGCGAGAGGUGGAGUACGGCCAACGCUCUCUCCUCACUCGGGUUAUGGUGAAAGCGGCUCCGUGGUUCCAGCCUGGUUUUCUAUCCUGCCUUCAAAGUUUCAAUUAUAAGUCAACAGUCAAGGAUUCUCUGGAAAGACAUGAUGCAGAUAUUUCGAGAACAGUUUUCGCUCUGUGUUAGGGGAAGGGAAUUAAGUGCAUAGCCUUGCUCCAGCAACGUUGUAAUAAAAAUUUUGAUGAUCGAGACCUGCAGGACAGCCGGCCACCAAAACAACCCAGCGUAAAGAUAGUGUUGCCGCGUCCACUGCCAAUGACACAACCAACGAGCUAAGUGUAAUUUAAUUUGUUUGAGUCUCUGCAUCUGUAACAUUAGUAAGGAAAACGAGAACAAGAAAAUCAACAAGAACUGCAAGUUUUGACAAAACUGCCAAAAAGAGGUACAAAAAUAUAAAUAAGAACAACAGCAGUCUAAGUAAUUUGACAUUGUGGGGUUAUGUUGUCUGGAUAACAGCUACAAUAACAGAAACAUCAAUGGUAAUAUGUGCAUGAUCUGGUCAUAGUGGUGGGUACAACAUUAGGAGAUUCCACGGAAAACCCCCCCUCCCCUCCCCUUUUCCAAAACACACACACACACACAAACGAAUAGAUAAUGCGGCGAAGUAUCUGUCAAGUUAUGGCUCUAAUGCCACCAAUUUUCUUGCUAACUUCCAGGGGUCUCUUAGCUACAACCGUUCACCCAUAUUUGGACAACGACUACACUAUUUCAGAACGGGAUAGGUCACCCCUCACUAUACCACACGAACAUGGUUUCUUUCCUUCCGUCAAUCCUCGAGAAUCUGCCGAAUAUAAAUCAGACACCAAAGUAACACAUCCGUCACUCGAUUCUACGGACCAUGGCCCGGAUGAAUCAGGAAAAAAUUACCCUCAAAUAGUUCACAUUGAUGACAAUAAAUAUUCAAACAAAUUACAUUAUUUUCUUAAUGGUAAGGAGUCUCAAGAAAAUGUCCUUAACGCCCCAGAGCAAUUAAAGGCUGUUUUCGAGGUUCCGAAUACGAACCCUGGAAAUAGAUAUUUUGUGGAGUUAAAAUCACUGACGGAACGUGAUACUGUGGAAGACUCAGCUGAUCGAACGUCAGUCGAAGAACACCCGUCUCUUCCCAGCAAUCGUCCCACAUCGUCACCCAACCCAUCCGCCUUCCUCAGGGUGUCCUGGCCGACACGGAACAUCAUCCAAUCAUGGGGAAGUCAUCCACUGCCUCCUCUGGAGUCCUUCAAGGCAGGGUACGGAGAUAGAAAGGCGCGGUGGGUGGGGUACUUCCACGAGGAGGCGGUGGCGGCGGUGCUGCAGGAGGAGGACGGCACCAUGGUAAACUGUGUGGUGCAGGAGGUCAUCGAGGUGAGGGAGCAGCGAGCCGCCCUCCAAUAUCUAAGUAGUGUGAUGCCCCUGGUGCCCCUCCCCCUGCCCACCAUGGUACACCUCAUCACUCUCUGUGGCGCUAUCAACACCCCGUCACACCAAUCCCACACCCUUAAGUCAGAACCCCUUAACCUGUGGUUGCUGAGCCCGUCGGCACUGCAGGGAAUCUUACCAGGAACACUGUGGUGCGGCAAGAGGGACCAGGCCACCUACUACCACGAGCUGGGUCAGAGGGUCGAGUUAGAUGCUUGUUGCCGCGCUCACGACCACUGCCCCAUCAAGGUCCGCCCUCUAGCCACUCGAUACGGCUUCACCAACUUGAGUUUCAUUACUAAGUCUCACUGCAUCUGCGACCUAGAGCUCUUUCGGUGCCUAAAGGCGGCCAAGGACCCGUUGGCCGCCACCGUCGGACAGGUUUACUUCAACAUCCUCAGGAUGCAAUGCCUCAAUUCAGUCAACAGUUAUCGACGCACCAAUAACCCACCUGACAACAGAAAACCAGAAGCAGUACCCUUCUCAAACGAGGGCCUCACGGUGAAAAGUAUUGGAGGAGUUGAUAAAGUAGUCCCACAGGUAACAGGGACUUCGCUGACAGGACCUAAGCCAUGGCGACCCUCCUCUCAACAGAAGCUCCUUGAAACAGGUUUGGAAAGUUCUCCAGGAUACCAAGAGACGACUUUCCCGUCAGGGCCGAGGUUGGAGUGUACCCUCUGGGAUGGAAACGGAGGCUGUCGGAUGUGGCUCCACAAUCCUAAAGGCUUCACCACACGGUAUGCUGCUCAGACGACCUCACUUGUGUUCUGAGAGACAUUCACACUUUUAAACCCACAACCUUAAUGAGACACUUCUCUCAGUGUUUCAAACCAUAAAUAUCUCUCUGAAUGGACCAUUUCUUCAUAGUGCCUUAAACUCAGAAAGUCCAACUUUUUAUUAAUUUUAUUAUAUCAAACUGACAAAUUCCAAGACACACAUAUCCAGAGAUGUUUCGCUUCUUAUCAUCCAAAGAUAUAUUUUAUUAGAAUCUCCAACCCAUAAAGUUGAUGCAUGAGUGUAGUGGCACUAUAAAUGCUUAUUGGUGCAAUGGCCUGGUAAUUUAAAAUCACUUAAAUGUUUUACUAAUAAACUUUAAGGAAAAAUUAA